GUUCUUUCCCCACCACAGGACAGUCAGUAUGAUGAAUGUUAGUGGAGCACUGAGUGUAUGUUUGCUGGUGUGUGCGGCCUGUUUGGGUAUGGGGUGGCAAAGUGUUGACCCCCAGAGCUUAGACGAUUCUUUGAUGGCAAGGUCCGUUUGGGCCGAGCAGCUUUCUCUCUCUCUGCUCCCACCUUAUUCUCUGUCCCCUGAUCACCAACUGGACCCCAAUGUGUGUAUCCAGCUUCUUCAUGAAUUUGCCAACAACAGUGCUGACCUAAGCAACUGUUUGGCAAGCAUGGCAUGGCCUGUGCGAGUGUGUCAGCAUUGCUACAAGGAAUACGCACAACUCCAAGAUACAUGGAAGACGAUUAGAAAGCCUGUACAGAACACCAGCACACUCACUUGUGCAACCACACUGCUUCGCUCUGACAGGGUCCAUGUCAUUGUUGCUCUUUAUGAUUUCUUUGAGGAGGUGUGGACUGAUUCCAAGUGUGAACGUUGCGUGAACGAUACUGUUGUCCUGGAUAGCACCGUUGAAUUUAUGAAGUUAUUUGAUGAGCUGAUGGAGUGCUUCAACAGCACUGAGGGACCAGCAGUUCCAGGGCAACAUGGCAAUCUUUCAAAAGUAUGCCAGAUUUGUAAUGGCAGCUACAAGAGUCUGAAUGAUAAGUACACUGAAUUAGAACAUGGCGACGGCCUGUGUAUUGACUUAGAAGAUGCUAUGAAUAGCACUCGUAGUCUUUGGAGUGGAGUAUUUAACUGCACAUUGCCCUGCACGGACACUGUUCCAGUGAUUGCAGUUUCAGCAUUCAUCCUAUUUCUGCCUGUUGUUUUCUACUUAAGCAGCUUCCUUCAUUCUGAGCAAAAGAAGCGCAAGCUGAUAUUUCCCAAGAGGUUAAAAUCAAAUGCCAACUUGGCACACAUACAGGAUAAAACUAAUUGAAGGACCAUAUGGCAAAGAAAAGAAGAUUUGCACUAAAACAUACAUUAUUCAGCUUGGAGUGGACACAUUCUAUGCAAGGACUUAUGGAAAUGUUCAUCUUGGU